AUGUCAGAGCGAAGGUCGUGGGCUCCAUUUGCUCCGCAUGACUACGACUACCCCUCCGCUACAAACUCGACCUCCAACCCUGAUGACGCUACCACCCAGACUGUCCCUACGAGGAUGGAAAGGCUUCGUCGCGUUGUUCAGAGAAGCAACGAGCUAAGAAGGGAGUCUGAAGAUGCCGAGCGCAACGCCAGAUGGGCCCCUCCUCCUUCGCGCUUGCGACGUAGACGCUAUCGGGAUCCCACCGAACAGUCUCCUCCUCGCUUUGCCCGUUCUGCCAUCGACCAGCCUUCGUCCGACCUCGACGAGCCCAGACAGUGGAACGUCAAGAGAAGAAAGCUGACUCACGAGUCGAACCACAAAUACGGCCGCUACGGUCAGGUUGAGCCGGGCAGGCUGAAGCUUGAACUCGAAAGCUGCGAUGGCGAAGUACACAACGAAGAGCUCAGCGGCAUCGACUUUGGUCCCGAGAACAUCCUCAAGCACGACAAGAGCGUCUACUGCUCUCGUGCCUCCAAGUGCAACAUUGUACUGCGCCAUCACGAUGACUCGACUUUCUGUUUGGAGAAGCUGUACAUCAUCGCGCCUGAAAACGGCUUCACUGCUCCGGUAAAGGAGGGUCUGGUCUAUGUCGGUAUGAGUCGCGACGACCUCCAGCCGUACAUCAACAGCUCCACGCAUUACCUGAAUCCACCAAGGAGCCCACCGCCAAGGCGUACUCACGACCCUGUGCGUCUUAGCUUGUUGGAGGGUAUUCACGAUCCAGAGGUCGCCCGUGCGAUCGGUACGCGCAGAGGUGCUGGCUUCUUCUCGCCCGUCGACUCCCCAGCAGAUGACCAAUCCCAGGACGAGGACGAUGCCGAUGAUGUGUGGAACUCAAUACCCACAACUAGGGACACAUCAUGGCCUCCCAGCCGACAGAUUGGGAACAGAAAUGACUUUGACAGCCGGAAUUGUGACGAUCCCGCAGAUUUGAGAGAGUCUCCGGAUGGCCGCAUAGUUGUUUUGAGCGACGAGGAAAUCACCUGGCCUGAAGAUCCCACCAGGCCAGAUGUGCUCGCCGAUAGAAGGCGCAGGGAGCGAAACCUUCGCGAGUAUGACGAUGAGGACAUCUGGGAAUCACGGUAUCGAACCAAUUAUGCACGCAUGCGUAUGCGACAACCACAUAUACCCAUGGAGCGGUCCGAAGCAGCUCGGUUGAGUCCAGAGCCCGAUCGACACAAGAGCGACACUGUUGCGAGGGCAAGAUUCAAGAUUAAGGAUAACAGGAAUCGGAUAGCGAUCAAGUUCGAUCCUCCUGUAUCUGGGACGCACAUUCUGUUGAAGUUACAAACACCAUAUGUCAACAAGAAUAUUGAUAUACAGACCGUCAUGGCUACAGGGUUUGCAGGACCGAGGUACUUCCCGGUAAUUCAAUUCAAGUGA